UGUUGGAAAGGCGAACUUGGGCUAGACGUGGGCGAGUCUAAGGUCAGCGUCUGGAGAAAGUUCAUGCCCUUUAACUUUUCCCUCCUCUAGGAAAGAUCUCUUGGGCAGAGGCUUCGCGGCGCACUCAGAUUGCUCUUGGAGUCGGGAGAAGCGCUAGGACGAAGGGGACCGCUUUCUGCAGCUGGCCUCACUAGCUGCUGAGGAGGAGACCUGUCGUCUUUGUUUUUUCCGUCUCGAGAAAUGGACGAAGACGGGGAAAUCGUUUGAAGUCCGAAGAAAUCAUCUUCAGGGCAUUGCGGAGGGGCUUCAUCAAAACCUUCAUCCCCCGGCCCAUUAUUUGUCUCACUUAGCCCUGCACCUUCUGCGGAGCCUGGUGUGGAAUUCUUACCUUUUGGGUGUGUGGUGGCAUUUCGCCCCCAAUGUGGACUCCCAAGGGUUGGCCCCUUCUUUGUGAUUUGAAAUGAAAUGAUGGCCACACGUCGGACUGGUCUGCCGGAGGGAGAUGGUGACAAGCUCAAGGCCUGCGGGUCCCCCACCUGUGAGGUAUCAAAAAGUAAAGAUGGAAAAGAACAGAGUGAAACUGUAUCACCAUCCGAAGAUGAAACAUUCUCCUGGCCAGGUCCCAAAACAGUUAUGUUGAAAAGAACAUCUCAAGGCUUCGGUUUCACAUUGAGGCAUUUUAUUGUUUAUCCCCAGUCUGCAAUUCAAUUUUCAUAUAAGGAUGAAGAAAAUGGGAACAGAGGAGGAAAACAAAGAAACCGCCUGGAACCCAUGGAUACCAUCUUCGUUAAACAGGUUAAAGAGGGAGGACCUGCUUUUGAAGCUGGAUUAUGCACAGGUGACCGAAUUAUAAAAGUCAAUGGAGAAAGUGUUAUUGGAAAAACCUAUUCCCAAGUAAUUGCUUUAAUCCAGAACAGUGAUACAACAUUGGAACUUAGUGUUAUGCCAAAAGAUGAAGACAUUCUACAAGUGCUACAAUUUACAAAGGAUGUCACAGCUCUGGCGUAUUCUCAAGAUGCCUACCUGAAAGGCAAUGAAGCCUACAGUGGCAAUGCACGCAACAUCCCUGAACCCCCACCAAUUUGCUACCCCUGGCUGCCCUCCGCCCCUUCUGCCAUGGCGCAGCCAGCUGAAGCAGCUCCUGCAGACUCACCCUCAAGCAAGCAGCAAACCAGCCCACCAGUCCUGACGCAGCCCAGCAGGGCCUACAGAAUGGAAAUACAAGUGCCUCCGUCACCCCCAGAUGUGGCCAAGUCGAACACAGCAGUGUGUGUCUGCAACGAAAGUGUAAGGACUGUCAUUGUACCUUCUGAGAAGGUGGUAGAUUUGUUACCCAAUAGAAACAACCACACAGUUCCCUCCCACAGAACCGAAGAAGUGCGGUAUGGCAGGAACGAGCAGACCCCUUUAAAAGUGGCGCCGAGAACCACAUCACCACCGGCAUCCGUUCCCACUGCCCAUCUGAUCCAUCAGACCGGCUCCAGGUCGUUGGAACCCUCCGGAAUUUUACUUAAAUCUGGCAAUUACAGUGGACACUCAGAAGGGCUGUCCAGCAGUAGAGCCCCAGCUGUGGAUUCUCCUCCCGUCUCUGUUAAUCACUAUUCUCCAAACUCCCAUCAGCACAUAGACUGGAAAAACUACAAAACCUACAAAGAGUAUAUUGAUAACAGGCGGUUGCACAUGGGCUGUCGGACCAUUCAGGAAAGACUGGAUAGUUUGAGGGCUGCCUCUCAGAGCACAGCAGGUUAUAACCCGGUGGUACUGAACCGCACUGCCCUACAGGUACGACGCCGGAGCACCUCUCAGGACCGAGCGCCCCAGUCCGUCCAGAUCCGGCAACGCAGCGUGUCCCAGGAGAGGCUGGAGGACUCCGUGUUAAUGAAGUACUGUCCACGGAGUGCGUCUCAAGGAGCACUGACGUCUCCGUCUAUUAGUUUUAGUAACCACAGAACUCGCUCAUGGGACUAUAUCGAGGGCCAGGGUGAAACCUUAGAAAACAUCCCUUCGGAGCACCAGCUCCCCGACUCCAGUGGAGAACGAAAGCCCACCUACAAGUGGAGUGGCUUUACCGAACAGGACGAUCGGCGAGGCAUUCAUGAAAGGCCCCGGCAGCAAGAAAUUCACAAAUCUUUCCGAGGUUCCAAUUUUACCGUGGCCCCGAGCAUGGUGAAUUCUGACAGCAGGCGAGUGAGCGGCAGAGGGGUGGGCUCGGUGUCUCAGUUCAAAAAAAUUCCGCCGGAGCUAAAAACACUGCAGCCAAAUAGAAAUUUUCAAACUACUUGUGGAAUGUCCCAGCCUCGAGGGGUUUCACAAGACAGGUCCCCUCUUGUGAAAGUCCGAAGUAAUUCUCUGAAAGCGCCUUCUACGCAUGUCACAAAACCCCCCUCCAGCCAGAACUCAUUUGUUUCUAUCAAAGACCAAAGACCAGUCAAUCACUUGCAUCAGAACAGUCUGUUGAAUCAGCAGACAUGGUUAAGGACUGACAGUGCCCCCGAUCACCAGGUGGACACUGGGAAGCCCCCCUCUCUAUCCGGAGCUUCUGUUAAGCCCAUCCCUCCGGUGAGUGAGAAUGCUGGCACUCCAGAUUUAGAAUUAUCUGGCACACACAGGAAUCAAGAUUUAAAUUUACAAGAGGCUGAAAUUCAGCAAUCGAAUACUGUAGAUAAUAAAGACACUGUCAUCCUAAGAGAAAAACCUCCAUCUGGUCGCCAAACACCACAGCCUUUAAGGCAUCAGUCUUACAUCUUGGCAGUGAACGACCAGGAGACUGGGUCAGACACCACUUGCUGGCUGCCUAAUGAUGCCCGCCGAGAAGUCCAUAUAAAAAGGAUGGAGGAAAGGAAGGCCUCAAGUACCAGUCCCCCCGGUGACUCCUUGGCUUCCAUCCCAUUUAUAGAUGAGCCAACUAGCCCCAGCAUUGAUCACGAUAUUUCACACAUCCCUGCUUCUGCCGUCAUCUCCGCCUCUACCUCCCAGGUACCCUCCAUAGCAACGGUCCCUCCCAGCCUCACAACUUCAGCUCCUUUAAUUCGACGUCAGCUCUCCCAUGACCAGGAAUCUGUUGGACCUCCCAGCCUGGAUGCCCAGCCCAGCUCAAAGACAGAACGAUCAAAAUCAUAUGACGAGGGCCUGGAUGAUUACAGAGAAGAUGCGAAACUGUCUUUUAAGCAUGUAUCUAGCCUGAAGGGAAUCAAGAUCAUGGACAGCCAAAAGUCAUCAGAAGACUCUGGAUCCAGAAAAGAUUCUUCCUCAGAGGUUUUCAGUGAUGCUGCCAAGGAAGGGUGGCUUCAUUUCAGGCCACUUGUCACCGAUAAGGGCAAGCGCGUCGGUGGGAGUAUUCGGCCAUGGAAGCAGAUGUAUGUUGUACUGCGGGGCCAUUCGCUGUACCUGUACAAAGAGAAACGGGAGCAGACGGCUCCCUCCGAAGAGGAGCAGCCCAUCAGUGUUAAUGCUUGCUUGAUAGACAUCUCUUACAGCGAGACCAAGAGGAAAAAUGUGUUCCGACUCACCACGUCCGACUGCGAGUGUCUGUUUCAGGCUGAAGACCGGGACGACAUGCUAGCCUGGAUCAAGACCAUCCAGGAGAGCAGCACCUUGAACGAGGAGGACACCGGAGUUACGAACAGGGAUCUGAUCAGUCGAAGAAUAAAAGAGUAUAACAGUCUGAUGAGCAAAGCAGAGCAGUUGCCAAAGACCCCUCGCCAGAGUCUCAGCAUCCGACAGACUCUGCUUGGUGCCAAAGCAGAGCCUCGGACUCAAAGUCCACACUCUCCCAAGGAAGAGUCAGAAAGGAAGCUUCUCAGUAAAGACGACACCAGUCCCCCCAAAGACAAAGGCACAUGGAGAAAAGGCAUUCCAAGUAUUAUGAGGAAGACAUUUGAAAAAAAGCCGACUGCUACAGGAACGUUCGGCGUCAGACUGGAUGACUGCCCACCAGCUCAUACUAACCGGUAUAUUCCAUUAAUAGUUGACAUAUGUUGCAAAUUAGUUGAAGAAAGAGGUCUUGAGUAUACAGGUAUUUACAGAGUUCCUGGAAAUAAUGCAGCCAUCUCCAGCAUGCAAGAGGAACUCAACAAGGGAAUGGCCGAUAUCGAUAUCCAGGAUGACAAAUGGCGAGAUUUGAAUGUCAUAAGCAGUUUACUGAAAUCCUUCUUCAGAAAACUCCCUGAACCUCUCUUCACAAAUGAUAAAUAUGCCGACUUCAUUGAAGCCAAUCGUAAGGAAGAUCCUCUAGAUCGUCUGAAAACAUUGAAAAGACUAAUUCACGAUUUGCCUGAACAUCAUUAUGAGACACUCAAGUUUCUUUCGGCUCAUCUGAAGACAGUGGCAGAAAAUUCAGAAAAAAAUAAGAUGGAACCAAGAAACCUUGCCAUAGUGUUCGGCCCGACUCUGGUGAGAACAUCCGAGGAUAACAUGACCCACAUGGUCACUCACAUGCCCGACCAGUACAAGAUCGUGGAGACACUUAUCCAGCACCAUGACUGGUUUUUCACAGAAGAAGGUGCUGAAGAACCUCUUACAACAGUGCAGGAGGAAAGCACAGUAGACUCCCAGCCAGUGCCCAACAUAGAUCAUUUACUCACCAACAUUGGAAGGACAGGAGUGCCCCCCGGAGAUGUAUCAGAUUCAGCUACUAGUGACUCAACAAAAUCUAAGGGUUCUUGGGGAUCUGGAAAAGAUCAGUAUAGCAGGGACCUGCUUGUAUCCUCCAUCUUCGCAGCCGCCAGUCGCAAGAGGAAAAAGCCAAAAGAGAAAGCCCAGCCCAGCAGCUCAGAAGAUGAACUGGACAAUGUAUUUUUUAAGAAAGAAAAUGCAGAGCAGUGUCCCAACGAUAUUAAAGAAGAGUCCAAAAAAGAGAGCGAAACAGUGGGCAGAAAGCAAAGGCUCAUCACUUCCAAAGAAACUAACACCAAGAAGGACACCAGCGCCGCGAAAGAGGAUCAGGGCGCCGGGCAGAGAGAGAGCGCGCCGGCCGGGGAGCCCUCGGCCCCGUCCUGCUCAAAGUCGCCCACUCCAAGCCGUCGCCUCGCUGUCCUGAGGGAGAGCCCCAAGCCCCUCGUGGCACCAAAGUCCUCCUUCUUUGAAGAGACAGGGUCCGACUCUGGUGCUUUGCUUAGCACUUGCUCCCAGGCUUCCCUGGCAAGGUUUCCCACGAAGAAAUCCACCAGCCCCGACACGAAACCCAGCGAGUUCUUGGCCACUGUCAUCACCAUCACCUCCGAUGAUGCCACAGCAUCACCCGUGCCCUACUGGUCCAACCUGGACUCCAGCCGGCUAAGCCCCGAGGUGCAGUCGGUGGCCGAGAGUAGGGGGGACGAAGCCGACGACGAGAGGAGUGAGCUGGUCAGCGAGGGGCGGCCAGUGGAGACAGACAGCGAGAGCGAUUUCCCUGUUUUCCCCACAGCUCUGACCUCGGAGAGGCUUUUACGAGGAAAACUACAAGAAGCCGCCAAGACAAGCCGGAGAAACUCCGAAGGCAGUGAAGUCAGUUGUACGGAGGGCAGUUUAACACCGAGUUUAGAAAGCCGGAGGCAGCUCUUCAGUUCCCAUAAACUAAUUGAAUGUGAUACCCUGUCCAGGAAGAAGUCGGCUCGAUUCAAGUCUGACAGCGGGAGCCUGGGAGAUGCCAAGAAUGAGAAGGAAACGCCUUCCAUCGCCAAAGUGUUUGAUGUUAUGAAAAAAGGAAAAUCGACAGGGAGUUUACUGACAGCCCCAACCAGGAGCGAACCCGAGAAGCAGGAACCCACCUGGAAAACGAAAAUAGCUGAUCGGUUAAAACUGAGGUCCAAAGCACCAGCAGAUGACAUGUUUGGGGUAGGGAAUCAAAAACCCAACGCGGAUCCUGCCAAAAGGAAAAACAUCAAACGGAGACACACACUAGGAGGGCACAGAGAUGCUGCCGAAAUCAGUGUUUUGAAUUUUUGGAAAGCGCAGGAGCAGAGCGGGGAGAGAGAGGGAGAACUUUCGGCUGUGAAUCGGUUGAAGCCCAAGUGCUCAGCCCAGGACCUGUCCAUCUCGGACUGGCUCGCCAGGGAGCGCACGCGCACCAGUGCGGCCGACGCAGGGGACCCGCAGCCCGAGAGCGCUGGCACGUUAGAAAUACCCACCGCGGACCCACCUCUGUCCUUUCAGCCCCACGCAGUCGGUCCUUCCAGCACCUUGGCUUCAACUGACAGGGCCCUUCUUUCCACACCGCCGGAGUCACCUGACCAAAUAAAUGGAGAAAGCUUCCAGAACACGAUCCACCAUGCUGGUUCUGCAGCGACUGCCCAACCUCAUAAACUGUCCGAAACCCCAGGCACUAAAGCACAGUGCCAUCCCUGUCUUUAAACUGGGGGUACUUCCACUCUAGCGAAUACAAGCUACUGUUACACCAUCUAGUAACCCUGUAAAUAUUUUUCUUGUACCAGAAUUGUUAUUAUGCAGCCUUCAUUUGGGCUGGUUUCAUCACUUUGCACUGUGAAAUAGCUUUACAGUGCAUUACAACAGCCAGAAGAACAUAUAUUAUAUAUAUAUAUAUUUAAAAAUAUAUUGGAUAGUUGUAUACAAAUGAGCAAGGUAUUUGUUGCAACUCACUGCAUAGUGUACACCCAAGAUUACCAGAGAAAGUAGCUGGCAUUAAUUAGUAUGCAGCAAAUCUGUUCUUUUGGUCUCAUCACUAACAAAAGUGCCUCAUCAUAAAAUUAUACAUUUGGUUUUUAGGGUGCCAUAUUGUUAAAAUUAGACAACUUACAUUGAGUCAACAAAUGCGUUUUAUUGGUAACAAAUUUCAUUACAUUUACCAGUUUUAACACAGGUGGAUACAGAACUUCCAUUCUUGAGUCAUUCCAGGUGGAUCUCUGAGUUUUAUAUUCAAACUUUUAAUACAGUUUUUGAGUUUUGUGUGACUUGAAUUUUUAAUCUUUCUGUAAAAUACGUAACUUAAAUGAACAUAUUAUAUGUGUAUCUUUUCUUCAGAUACCAGAUUUGAUAUAAAUGUUGUAACAUAGGUGUGUAGAUAGUGACCUGGAUGGAACUGGCUUCUUUAUGGAGAAGAAUAUAAUUCUGCAUGAGGACUUCAUGGAUCCAAACCUGUGUCAUGCCUGUGUGCAUACCCAAUUAAACACUGGAAAUAAAAAUUGUUUUGGUGAACAA